AUGGCUACAAAAUUCGACAUGAGCGACCUUGGUAAACUCACCUAUUACCUUGGUAUAGAACUCUGUCAGCAUGAGAACGGAAUCACUUUGCUACAAAGAAGUUAUGCGUCUAAGAUACUAGAGGAAGAUGGAAUGGAGAAGUGUAAUCCCGUACGUACACCAAUGGAACAAGGAUUGAAGUUAUCUAAGGCAGAGCACGAAAAAGAAAUUGAUCCAACGAGAUUCAGAAAGAACAUAGGGUGCUUACGUUAUUGCCUCCAUACCCGACCAGAUCUAUCUUACAGUGUAGGAGUUUUGUCACGCUAUAUACAAAGCCCAAUAGAAUCCCAUGGAGCUGCGAUGAAACAGGUCUUGAGAUAUCUGCGAGGAAGCGUCUCAUACGGCUUAACUUUUGAGCGUUCAACAUCAAGAGUGCCAAGGCUUAUAGGGUAUAGCGACAGCAGCUAUGUGUCUGAUCCAGAUGAUGGGAGAAGCACGACAGGAGUAGAGUAUGUGGCUGGAGAGAAGCAAAAGGCCGAUAUCCUAACCAAGGCAUUAGGAAGAAUCAAAUUCAAGGAGAUGGGAGACUUUAUUGGGAUGAAGGAUCUGGAGAAUGAGAGCUUCAAGCUUAAGCGGGAGAAUGUUGGAAUAAGCUUGAAGAAAGCUUGA